AUGUUUAAACAUGCUGGCACUUCUGAAAAUAAAGCUCUUAUCGAAGUCAAUAUCCAUCAACUUAAUAUCAAUAUAACUGUUCCUAAUUGUGAAGUUAUGAUUGUGUUUCAAAGAGGAGAUAGAAAAGCUCAAACAUAACCAAUUCAAUUACUAAACAAAUGUGCCAAAAUUGAUCAAAUCCUAAGAGUCCCAGCUACUCUAUAUUAUGAUGUCAAAUAAAAAGAGUAUCAAAAGAAAAUGGGUACCUUAAUUGUCCUCAUCAAAUAUGAAAAAGGUAUGAAGAAUGCAGGUCAAAUUGAUAUUGAUUUCUCCUCAUAUCUAAAUUAAAAAAAGGGAAAGAUUGAUGAGAUCUCUCCUUUAUCUAAAUGUCCUGAUCCCAAUGCAACACUUUCAUAUACAAUCAAUUUCUUGAGUUAAGAUCAAAGAUCUAAAACUCCAGAAGCUAACAUUAAUAAUAGUAUUCAAAUCAUUAAAAACAGUUAGGGAAGAUCAAUCCAAAGCUUAAAUUACAUAAUUAGACUAGCAAAAUAAGUAAAUGAAAGAAGACAAUAUUCGAUUAUAAGAAGAAGUUGAACAUUUAAGAACUUAAAAUAAAUAAUAAUAGAUCUACAUACAAUAAUUAUUAAAUUAAACAAAAUAAUUCUAAGAAACAUAACUCAAUUAAAAUUAAUCUAAAUCCAAUUCAGAAACUUCAACAACAUAACCUGAAGAUUGUCAGAAAUGCUUACAAUUUUAAUUAGAAUUAGGUAAUAUAAUAUAUUUAUAUUAUAGAAUAAUUAAAAAAAUAAAAAAAAACAAAACCACUUAAUUGUGAUAAAUGUAUAAAUUUAGAAUAGUAAAUUGAAUAAAUAAAAAAGUAAUACUCUUAAGGAUAAAAGUAAGAAAAUAAUGAUUAAAAAUUUGAAUUAUUAAAUUAAGCUAACACUGAUUUAAAAGAAUAAUUAUAUGAACUUGAAUAAUAAGCAGCUAGAAUUAGAAAGGAAAAUUAAGAUCUUAAAAAUAAAUUAACUAUUUAAAAUCAAUAAUUAAUUGAUUGCAGAGAAAGAAUCUAAGAACUUGAAAAUGAUGAUGAAAGUGAUAAACGUAUAUUAGAAUACCAAAAAUUAAUUGAAAAAUCAAAUGAUGAUCUUCUAGAUAUCUAAUAAAAAUUAUUUUCUUUUUAAACUGAAUGCGAUUAAUUAUAAAGAGAAAAGAAUGAAUAUGAGUAAUAAUUAGAGAUUUUAUCUAAAAAAUAUGAUACAUUAGGUAUCUAUCUUAUUAAUUACAUAGAAUUAUAAUUAUUUUAAUAAAAAUAAAGAUUUGCUAAUGCUAUGCAUACUUUCCUUAGUUUAGGGGAUACAAAUGCAAUUGAAGUACUUGAAAAAUUUAGUGGUGAUUGA